UCGAACCGACCGCCGACGAUUCGGACACGAACCUCGAUUAUUACUAUGACGCUGUCAUAAGGUAUCACGACACACCGAUUCGUAAAACAACCGUAACAUUCGCUUUUGAGUUUUGUUCAGUAGAGACUAGAGAUCUAACCCCUCUUUAGUGUUCGCCAUCACCGGUUACUUUACUAUUGCACGUUUCAAUUUUGAUAAUUAUAUCAAGAUGUCAAGUUUUGAUAAUAAUGAAAGUUGGAUACAUAACAAUAAAGAUAAUAGUAAUAUCAGUCUAAACAUUAAACAACACAUUAAACACGGUCAUCAUAGAGCAAAGUACAUUUUUACUGAUGAUCCUACUGAUAUAAUUGAUCUAAAUAUCCAAAAUUGUAAUGGUUUUAAUCAUAUACAAGCUUUACAUGAUUACUUGGAAGAAAUGAAUUUAGGAAAAGUUGAGUUUACUGUUUUUAAAUGUAAAUCAAAAUCAAAUAUACCUGCUCAUUAUGCCAAUAUUAAGCUGGGUAAUGUGUCUCUUGCUAGUUCGUUCCCAGAAAAAUAUUCCCUUCCUGAAGUUGCUCAACAAGUAGCUGCACGUAAUGCAUUAUCUAUACUAAAGAAAACUCAUAGUUAUAAAAAUAUUCCCUUCACUCAAGAUAUGUCUAUUGUUGCUAGAAGAUUGGAAAAGGAAUUACAAAAAAAUUAUGCCGGACUUUUCUGUGAUAAAGUGGAAAAUAUUUAUAAAGAAGUAUAUAGUGAACAAUUACCUUCAAAUUGGUUGAGUCUACUUAGUCGGUUAACAUCAAAUAUUGUAAUUGAAGACUUACCCAAUCAGAACAAAUCAAUAUUAUACUAUGAUGCUUCUCCCGCUGAUAAAAAAAAACAAAAACAUAAAGAGUUUUUGAAUAUUUCUUUGACUGAAUCUUCUGAGAACUUACUUGUUAUGAAACUAGUUGAUAAAACUGAAAGGACUGUAACUGUAGCUUCUGUAGACAGAAAUUACACAUUUUGGGUUCUUUUUGUUCAUGACAGAAUUAAUGACGAUUAUGACACUUUAUUUAAACUAAUGAAUAUGCCAAGUGAAUCAAAACAAUUUAUUAAAAUGUUUAGCAUUGAGGUUUCUGAUGUGUAUGCAGUUCAAAUGCAUGAUGAAUGGUAUAGAUUUAAAGUCAGUAAAAUUGAAGAUGAUAGUGUUACUGGCAUUUUUAUUGAUUUGGGUAUGGAGUGGUGUGUAACUAAAAAUAAUGUUAUGUUUUUGCCUCCUAAGUUUUUAAAAGUAUCUUCACAAGCUAUAAAAUGUGCUUUAACAUCACUGUAUUUUGCACCUUAUUUUCAAGUUGCUCAAGAAUUGUUUCAUAAAGUAUUAUUUGGAAAAGAAUUUACUUUAGUUCCAGAUAAUAUUGAAUGUGAUAUUCCAUUAGUCACAUUGUAUGAUGGAAAGUGUAAUAUGAAUAAUAUGAUUAGAGAAGCCAUUAUAGAAAAAACCAAUUUUAAUAAAAUUCACAGAAAAUGUGAAAAAGCUAGUCUCACUUGCGUUGCUGAUGGCUAUGUAUAUAUACAUCCACCAAAUGGAACAUUAACAAUCAUGGAGUCUAUAUUGGAUACAAUAUCAGCCUCUCAACCUCUUGAUACCCUUUAUUCCAAAAACAGCAUUUCACCUCAUAAGAUAUAUCUUGUUAAAUGCCCAGAACUUAAUUUGUGGAGCAGAGCAAUAGUUCAUGAUUUUAUAUUUACUGAUCAAAAAUUCAAAGUAUACUUCAUUGAUUAUGGUAACUAUGGAUUUAUCGAUCAAGAUAAAUUUAUCGAUUUACAGUCAUUUGAUUUAUUGUUGUCUACUAUUGGCCCUCAGGCUUUGAAAGUGUCUUUUCAUUUAUUUCCACCGGAGAAUCUUAAAGAUCAAUCUCGGUCCAGAGCAUUAUAUGAAAUGAUCAUUGAUAAAUCCUUGGAUAUAAAUGUUAUUUCAACUGAUAGCGAUGGUAUUCAAGUAGUUGAAAUAUUUGAUGCUGACGAUCAAAAUAUAAAUCGAUUAUCUUUUAAUACCCAAUUAUAUCAAAGUGUUUAGCUGAACAUUUUUAUGGAAUUACAUGCCAGACUUGAUCAUAACUUAUAAGUGAAAUAUUUAUUAAUUUGUAGUAUAAAUAUUAUAUUAUUUAAAAAGUCACC